GUAUCACCUGGGCAGCCAUGUUGAGCCUCAUCAAGUCUCGCACCUGCACAAGCACACCACCUCACUACACACCACCUCACCACACCAGAGCACCACCUCCAUGGAAGUUCCGUCUUGCAUUUUUCCCAAGACCACGCCCUGAGUCAACCCCGGCUCGAGUGGGGUACCUGUCGGGUUUCUAGACCAGCCCCCCCACCCUGUUCAGCCCAGGAGAGGAACCGGGCUUCUUGAGCGAGGUUGCUCGCGAACAACCUCCCUUAAUGCUCACUCUUUGGUCCCACAAGCUUUGUGCUGGGCUCAGUCAUGGAUCCCUCACGCAGAAGCCAAACUUCACUUGAAUCGCGCCAGUCCGGACCCUUGCUCAUGUGCUGAUGGUACCUUUGAAGCCGCUCCCACUGCAUGCGUCGGUUGUUAUCCGUUCGGUAUGUUGCCGCUUCUCAGCAGCCGGCAGGUUGGCCAGAAUCAUAUGGGGCAACGAACCCCACGAGCGGUCCUCCCGUCUACCUAGGUAGACAUGUGUGAGAACAUAACUGCCGACGAGCCGGCCGAUACAGCUACGUAGGUUUGUGUACGAGUAGUGUCUGAGGCGCAGCACGCUCCAUUGAGGUCGUAGCAGUCUCCCAAGGCACAUUGGCAGGCUCUUGGCGCUGAGCCCUAUGUCGUGUUGAAGCGCAUGAUUUGGGCGUCGCAAUGUGUGCUCCGGGCCAGCAAUCUCCACAACCAUGACGUGGAUAUAUGUGUUAGUCCCUUGGACAUCGGGGCGGAAUCCCGCCCUGCAGCCUGGCACUCGCGCAAUUUGCUCUUGACCUGUAUCUCGAAGAAAGUGUGCGUUGGCGAUGACCACGAGCCGACCAUGAUUGCAGGACCUCCAGGAGGCGUCCCGAGGCCAGGUGGGCGUCCGUGCCGGCCUGCCUCCCGAGUGGAGAUGCUACUAUACAAUGCAGAUCAGUUAUCCCCCGCCCAAACAAGGUCCCGAAGGCUCAACCGAAACCGAAAACGUAGGCUACUACCCUGUUUCGCCUCAGAUACGAAUACGUUCCUACAUUAACGAUUACGGCUCUACAAGAACGAAUACGUCUCCUCUGCCCCUCCAACCCGACUCACUCUGCCUUCUCCCCGUCCAGUCACUGUUCGGUCGUUUCAAACCUGUGGGGUUGGGGGGACGCUGGGUAUACAUACAAGCACAAUUUACACCGGCGAAGAACUCUCCCGUUCACCAAAAUGACGUUGCACUCAUGCCCCCGGGAUUAUUCCACGCAGCCCAAUACAGGAAUCCCGAACCGGGGUCCCUCCUCCUCCGGGGCCCUCUAUCCACAGAUGCCUGACGUCAAAUUAACAUAUAUUCACUGAGAUUAGCUUUAGCUAUGUUCUGACUGCCGCCCCUGGCCAGUACUAAGGACUAUAUAUUGAUGAUGCCUCCGGAACUUAAUCACCUCCCCUAAGCCUCACCUGGCACACCCGCGAUACCACAACAGGACACUUCCCCGCGAAAUCCCGCUUUCCACGAUGGCGUCUGUUUCUCCUCCUCCCUCCAAGCUCACAGAGCUACUGGCCACACAGUGGCCUUAUGUGUUGACCACAGUUUUGGCUUUUGCCGCCGCAUGGCUUCUCCAGGCGGUCCUGAAGCAAGAUCCCCUGUCCGGCUUGCCCAUGGCUGGAUCUGAGAUCGGAAACGCGGACAAACGACGUGCAGCCUUUUUUCAAGGUGCUAAGAAUAUCUAUCUGGAGGGUUACCGAAAGUUCAAGAAAGGCGUGUUCAGAAUCACGACAACAAGCUAUAACGAUGUUGUCGUACUCGACCCGCUCUUUCUGAAUGAGCUCAAGAACCUCCCUGACGAUACUGUCUCCUUUGCGGGGGCCAUCAGCGACUUCAUGCAGUCUAAAUAUACCGGAAUCCGAGCUGAUCGACCAAUCAUCCCCCAUAUCGUCAAGAAAGAUUUGGUCCCCGCGCUGAAUCGACUGAACCCUACCAUCGCUGAGGAAGUUGACCAGUCGUUCCGGGAGGAAUUGCCACCUUGCAAGGACUUCACGCCAGUGAACAUAUACGGGAAAUUGCUCAGAAUUGUUGCCCAAGUUUCUGGGCGGAUCUUCAUCGGGCCUGAGCUCUGUCGUACCGAGAAGUAUAUUGAUACUGCGAUCACUUACACGGUUGAGAUAUCAACUGCGGUUAAUGCCAUCAACGGAAUGAGCUUCUGGAAGCGUACCUUCAGCGCGGCCAGUCAUCCAAAUGUCAAGGCAAUACGCGAGAGAACACGGGCUGCGGACGCGUUUCUGAGGCCAAUUGUCGAGCAGAGGAGGAAAGACCAAGCGAUGAAUCCGGAUUACCAGAAACCCGAUGAUCUGUUGCAGUGGCUGCUGGAUGAUGGUCAGGACACGUUUGGCGAGAAGGGUGACAAAGAGCUCGCUUCCAUCCAACUCGGCUUGACGUUUGCUGCUAUCCACACGACGUCCUUGACCGCCACGAAUGCCUUCUAUACGCUCGCGGCGGCGCCCGAAAUCAUCCCCGAACUGCGUGAAGAGGUCCGCUCGGUGCUGAACGAAUAUGGCACGUUCACCACUCAAGCCCUGCAAAAGAUGAAGAAACUCGACAGUUUUCUCCGAGAGGUGAUGAGAAUGAACCCCCUUGGAUACUCCUCGUUCCAGCGCAAGGUUCUCAAGACGUUCACCCUCUCGACCGGUCAGGUCAUUCCUGCCGGCUGUCUCAUCGAGGUACCUGUUAUUGGCAUCAACUUCGAUGACGAAGUUGUUGAGAACCCAGAGAAGUUCGACGCCUUCCGUUCGUAUCGCGCGCGGGAGAUGGAAGGACUGCAGGGUGCAGACAAGGCCAGCGCCGGCGCAAGCAACCAGUUUGUCUCCGUGAGUCCCUCCAAUCUUUUAUUUGGAUACGGCAGGCACGCCUGCCCGGGGCGAUUCUUCGCUGCGAACGAGAUCAAGAUGAUCGUAUCUAGAGCGAUCCUGGAUUAUGAUAUGAAGACGUCUGAUGGUUCAAGGGAGAGAUACCAGAACCUCUCUUUCGGGGGCCAGGACUUCCCCGACCCAUCCAAGGUGCUCCUGUUCAAGAGGGUUGACUAG